GCAGUGGGGUCGUGUCUUAUACAGUGGGAGCCUCCGUUGCUACGUGACCAGCCAGACUCAGCAUGCCCGGCGUGAAGCUGACCACCCAGGCCUACUGCAAGAUGGUGCUACACGGCGCCAAGUACCCGCACUGCGCGGUCAACGGGCUUCUGGUGGCCGAGAGGCAGAGGCCGCGCAAGGAGCAUCCGCCAGGCGCGGGCAGCCACACUCUCUUCGUGGACUGCAUCCCGCUUUUCCAUGGCACGCUGGCCCUGGCCCCCAUGCUGGAGGUGGCGCUCACCCUAAUUGACUCAUGGUGCAAAGAGAACAGCUAUGUGAUCGCCGGCUAUUAUCAAGCUAAUGAGCGUGUGAAGGAUGCCAGCCCAAACCAGGUGGCAGAGAAGGUGGCCUCCAGGAUCGCUGAGGGCUUCAGUGACACUGCACUUAUCAUGGUGGACAAUGCCAAGUUCACGAUGGACUGUGCAGCGCCUACAAUCCAUGUGUACGAGCACCAUGAGAACAGGUGGCGAAGCAGAGACCCACACUAUGACUACUGUGAAGAUUGGCCAGAGGCGCAGAGGAUCUCAGCGUCACUCCUGGACAGCCGCUCCUACGAAACACUUGUGGAUUUUGAUAACCACCUGGAUGACAUUCGGAAUGACUGGACAAACCCGGAGAUCAACAAAGCAGUUCUGCACCUGUGCUAGACCAGGGCCACCACAACUAGAAACUCCACUACAGAAAAAAGAGAAACAUAUUUUUGAAUUUAGAGGAAUUUGAGUUAGCCUGAUGGGAAGCUGCAAGUCUGUGAUGUGUGCCUUGGAAGGGGAGUCCGGUCAGCAUCCUUCAAGGCAGGGCUGUGGAGAGGUAAGGGCUGCCUAGGCUUUGGGUUCUUAGUCAUGCACUGCCCAAUGCUGCCUAUCAAGCUCUUUCUGUUUGUUCCAGGUUAUUCCCAUUAAACAGUUCUAGUCUUUUAUAAUCUAGAGAGAAUGCAUUUCAGUCUUUACUCCAGUGUGUAAGUCUUUACUUUGACUGAGCCAAUUCCAGGCACCCUAACAUCAGGCAGCCUCUUGGACUGCUACUAGAGCAUCGUCUGAUCAACCAAGUUGGUAUCGGGGCUAAGAGCUGUGGGCUCCCCAAGGCUGCACAAGGGAAAGAGCCAACACCGUUGCCUGAGAAAACCUCACUGCAAUGAACACAAGCACAUUGCUGAUGAGAGCAGAGAUUCCCAUGAGGAGAGGAAGCCGAGCCGUGAACAUUCCCAAAACCUGACUCAGCUGCUCUGGGUCUUCAGAAGGAGAGCUGCUUUAUAUUUAAAAGGAGCAAAAACCCCUUAGUGUCCAAUGUCCCUGGGAUAUCCCAAGCAAUGUGCUUGUUAGCUUGGAUCAUUUGACCAAGUGUUCUGACCAUCUUAGGAAAUAGUAUGCAGAUUUUUGGUACAUUGUGUGUUAUCCUUUGUGAAUGUUUUGCACAGAAAACAGUGCCUUUCUUGGGCUUCAUGAGGCUGGUGCCAAGGGUUGGUGACAGCAUUCCCCCACUCUUUGAAAGUGGGUCAGCCAGGGUGACCUUAGUGAAUGAACCCUGAUGGGUGUGGCUUCUCCCCCUUAUUCAAGAGCCUUGAAUUUUGCUGCUGGGAAGAGUUUAGCUUUGGUUGGUUGGGAAUAUCCCAUUGCUGUUCUGGUUAGCUUGGCAUUGACUGUGUGUGUGUGAAGAAAGGAGCCUGGCCUUGAAUGUGCAGUGAUAUCCCUCUGCCUUUGCUUCUCAAGUACUGAGAUCACCACCCAUCCCAAAUCCCCUUAACCUUUUAAAUUGACAUUGUAUCCAAACAAAGGAAGGUGUGAGGACCAGUCCCAUCCUUCCUCACCCUCAUUCCUUCAGGGCUUUGCAGGCUCAUCUAUAUCAGAACAGUAAUAGGCAUAUGUGUGGUCCAAAUCCAUCCCUAUCCCCACCCCCCACCCCCAGUACUACCUUGUUUCUUUAUCCAUGGUUGGGUGGCAACUCACAGUUCUGUCCAAGUCAGGUAUGAUGGCCCAUACCUGUGUCCUAGCACAGAAAGAAAAGGAUCACAAGUUUGAGUACAAUCCUUUGAGUUUCAGGCCAACUUAGACUAGAGUGACAACAUGUUCUAAAAAGUCUGAAUGCAGGAAGCAGGUCACCUACAUUGUGUUUAGAGACAGCUCCUUAAAGCUAUGCCUGGCAAGUGGUUCUUAUGGGCUUCAUUCACGGGAGCAGAAUACAGGCUUCACCAUCCAGCCUCGAGGGAACAUUUUAACCUCUCCUACCCAUCUGAUCUAGUUAAGUUAUUGUUGCUGUGAUAAAGCACCAAAAUAAUUUGGGGAGGAAAUGAUUUAUUUCACCAUUAACUCUGAAGUCAAAAGAACAGGAACUGAAGUAGAGGCCAUGGAGGAACUGCUUAUAAGUCUUGCUCUCUGAGGUUUGUUCAGCCUGCUUAAGAACUGAGGACCAUAUGCCUAGGGAUAAAACCAUCCACAGUGGGCCCUCCUCCAUCAAUCACUAAUCAAGAAAAUGACUCACAGACUUGUCCACAAUCUAAUGGCAGCAAUUCCUUAAUGUUCCCUGUUCCCAGGUAACUAAACUAGUUUAUGUCAAGUUGACAAAAAUUGGCCUGCAAUGUUUUAGUUGGGGUUCACUAAAGAAACAACCGAGGGAGUGUAUAUGUAUGUAUUUUUUUUAAUAAAAUAUAUAUUUAUGUAGAAUGGAAUUUAUUAGAGUCACAGGUAAUAGUCAAACUAUUCCAACAAUACCUGGCUCCCAAUAGAUAGUCCAAGAAUUCAGUGUUCAGUCCACAAGAUUGGAUGUCUCAGCUAGUCUUGAGUGUAUACACUGAAAUCACAAAAAAAGUAGGCUCUAAUGCCAGAGAAAGAAUGAACUUGCCAAUGAAGGUAAGGUAAGCUUAGUGGAAGCUUCCUUGUUCUUUCUAUAGGCUUCACCAAAAGGUGUAUCUUCCAGCUUUAAAUGGUGAAUAAAGAAAAUUUCCUCACAGAUGUAUGCAACGGCUUGGGGUUUAAUUAGUUCCAGAUGUAAUCAAGAAUAGCAAUCACAAUCAGACAAUUGACUCCUUGUCAGUUUGACACACACAGCACUAUUUAAACCAUAACUUUACUUUUCUUGUUUAUUCCCAAGUUGCUUUGGGGCCACUUUUACUACAGCAAUGGAGACUAAACUAGGGCACCAUUAGAAAGUAUACAUAUAGUAAAAACUUUAUACAAAAUUCUCUUAGACAUUCCAGAAAACUAGAAAGGACUUAGAAGGUCUCACCAUAAGGCAAUGAUAAAAAGAUAAGUCUGUCUGACCCACUUCAAAUGUGCAGUGUCUGAGUGUGUUGUAAGAGUUUGUUGUAAGCUUGUUGUAAGAGUUUGUAUCGUUUUGCUUUUUUAAUAAAUUUUCCACUUAAUUUUUAUUUGUUGGGUUUUUUUUUUAAUUUUGUUUUUUGUAUUUGGUUUUUUGUUGUUGUUGUUGUUUUGUUUGUUUGUUUGUUUGUUUUUUGAGACAGAAUUGAUCUGGAACUUGCUGAGUAGACCAGGUUGGCUUCGUACUCAAAGAUCCACCUGCCUCUGCCAAACAAACAAAAAGAAUUAAGGAUACUAAACCAAUCGUGGUGCUUGUUUUUAAUCCCAGCACUCUGGAGGCAGAGGCAAGCAGAUGUCUGAGUUCAAGGCCAGCUUGAACUACAUAGUUCUAGGACAGCCAGGGCUAUGUAGAGAGACCCUGUCUCCAAAAUAAAGUUAAGGAUACUAUGGAUACUAUCCAGGCAUGGUGGCAUACACCCAUAAUCCUAGCACUCAGGCUGAGAAAGAAUUGCUACAAGUUGAGGCCAGCCCGGGCUAUGUUGUGAGUUCCAGGACAACCUAAAGUUAGAAUGAAGGAUGCUCAUAUGGGAAAACAGUCAACAGCCUCAUCAGAAAUCCUUUGCUGCUUAGAUAAAGCUGACUGCUAAUUUAGGGGUGUCUGGGGUGUUUGCCUAAACUAUGUGUGUCCAGUGCUCAUGCAAUAGAAAGCUUGGAAAUCCUGGGGAAGAUGGCUCAGCAGAUAAAUGCACCUUUCAAAUCUGGUUCUAUGUCUGAGACCCACAUGUUAGAAUUGCAUAGGUUGUCCUCUGACCUCUACAUGUGCACAUAAUUGAUAAAUAAAUGUUAUUUUUAAA